AGCCGAUCCUUGAAAUAACAUAACUAACCCUACGUUUAAUAAUUGUGCGACUAUGACUGCGAGUAGACGUUGUUCAUCUCGCAGGUUCCUCUUGACUUCCGUCUCUGCAUUCUCUCUCCUUUGCAUUUAAAAUGUCGGUCACCCUCUCUUCUUCUCUUUCAGCUUAGCUUUUCGCUUCUCAAAUAAAUUUGCUCUCAGUUUGAAAUUCUUCUCAUCUUUAUUCAUCCAAUCAACUAAAAAUUAAGAAAAAAAAAAAAGGUGAGCGGAGAAAAAACCCUGAAAUUUUGGGAUGUAAUGGCGUCGUCUAAGGUGAUAACGACCACGUCACAGACGAAUCACGAUCUGCCACAGCAACCAUCUCUAUGCUCUUCGCUCUCCACCCUCCUCGCCGAUCUUCAAAACCAACAAAAUAGUCAAAACCAAUCUCAGAACGGCCUUGGUUCCAUGAGCAUGGACGAUCUUUUGAAAAACAUAUACUCGUCCCCGCCACCGCCACCAACUACUUCCGACGCACACCCGCAGUUCACCGGCUCGUCGAUAUCACGCGAAGGUAGUUUCUCGCUUCCGAAGGAUGUGGCGAUCAAGUCCGUCGACGAGGUUUGGAAGGAGAUCGUGGCCGGCGGCAGCGAUCAGAGACAGGGAGGUCUACAGGAAGAGAUGACUUUAGAGGAUUUCUUGACAAAAGCCGGGGCGGUUAGAGAAGAGGAUGUUAGGGAAGUUGUUAAUCAGGUGGGAGUGGGUGCAGGGGUUUAUGUUGUGGACCCGGCCGUUAUCAACGGCUGUGGAAGCCAGUUUUCGGCGUUUGGAAACAACGGCGGCGUUGAUCAUCAGAGGUUGGUGGCGCCAACAGGUGGAGGCGCGAGAGGAAAACGACGCGCCGUUGAGGAACCGCCUUUGGAUAAAGCAACGCAGCAGAAACAGAGGAGAAUGAUCAAGAACAGAGAAUCUGCUGCUAGGUCUAGAGAACGCAAACAGGCAUAUACAGUUGAAUUGGAAUCACUGGUGACACGAUUGGAAGAAGAAAAUGCUCGGUUGCUGAGAGAAGAGGCUGAGCUGAAGAAGGAGAGGUUUAAGCAGCUGAUGGAGAACCUGAUCCCUGUUGAGGAGAAGCACAGACCGCCUCGUGUUCUUAGGCGAGUUCAUUCUAUGCAAUGGUAAAUGUGGCAGCUCCUUUUUUUCUUUUUUUUUAUGGAUGACAUGAUCAAAUAAAAAGCUUAGGUUCAGUGCCCUUCCAUUAUUGAAGCUAUAGAGAAAAACAGAAAUAACUAAUUUAAGUAGGUUAUCUUUUGAGAAGGAAAACCAAAGAUGAAAUGGUAAAAUGGAAAUUUCAAGCUUGAUUUACCUAUCUGAGGAUUAUAAAGCAUAGGAAGUCGAAUGAAGUUGAGGCCUGGAAGGAUCUCGUUACAGUUGAAGAUGGAUGUUUGGUGUAUUGUAAUUAAAAAAGAACCUCAUUUGUGUAAAGUUGCGUUUUCCUUUGAAUCGUGUCGGAAGGGAAGAUGUAGGCCUGAGAACUAAUCUAUACAAAUUCUGCAUUU